UUUAUGGGCAUUCGUCGCCGCGUCUUCUUACAUACACAAUUUUUUCACUGGUUGUUAAUUUUGUUGUUUGUAAAGUGUGUGUAACUUAUAAGCCAAAAAAGCAUAGAUUCGUUUUUAAUUUUAAAUUAGUAUUUUCGUAAAAAAAUAUUCUUAAUAUGGGUCGUGUGCAUAAGAAAAAAAUUGCAGAAUUUAUUGGUGCUGAUAUCGGUAGCGAUGCCGAAGCAAUGGAUGAAUCUGAUGCAUCCGGCGGCGCAUCAGAAGAAAAUGGUAGUGAUAAUCGUCGAAAGCGUAGUGAUAAAAAAGCAGAUGAUGAUGAGCAGGAUAAUGAGGAAAGUGAUGCCAGCGUUACAUCGAACAAACGCCAAAAGUCACUUUCAAAGUCAUCGUCUGUUGAUAAAGCUGACGAAGACACUACGCAAGAAAAUGAUGAUUCCAAUAAAAAACAAUCUCGUAAAUCUUCUGUAAAGACCAAACGUGGUGCAGGCAAAGAUAAUAACGUUUCAGAAGGUGAAGUUGAAACAGAUGAAGCUCCAAAGAAACGCGCUCGCAAAUCCACUGCAAAGGAAAAAGCUGCUGCUGAGGAAGAAGAAGAGGAUGAAAGUGAAGCCGAACCAGAAUAUGAGGUUGAAGCAGUUAUUGACAAAAAAGUUGAAAAAGGCGCCACAUAUUACUUGUUGACUUGGAAGGGUUACCCAAAAGAAGAUGCAACUUGGGAACCGGAAGACUCUAUCUCAUGCCCGGAUUUAGUUGAAAAGUUCAACAAAAAGCGUGCCGCAGAAUCAACUAAAGGUUCUAAAAAAGGCGUUGAUGCAUCCAAAAAGGGCUCCACCAAAAAAGAUUUGAAAAAGACUGCUUCCUCUAAAGCUGCAAAGGCUAAGAACGGUGGACAGGCUGAUGCUAAGGAGGGUGAAGCCACUGAAUAUGAAGUGGAGAAAAUUGUUGAUUAUGCCACAGAAAAGUCAGGGCGAAUCUUUCGUAUUCGCUGGAAGGGAUAUCGUCCUAAACAUGAUACCUGGGAACCCGAGGACAAUCUUACAUGUCCUGAACUUAUUGAAAAAUUUUUGAAGCAAGUAAAGCAUCAGGAAGAUAACUCGCGUGAACUUCGCGAGGAACCGAAGAAAACCAAGUUCCUGGUAGACGAGACUCAGCCCAGAACUAGUUUUCGAAGUCGUAUAGAACGUAGUUCACAACGUUCAUGCGCACGCCAAAGAAAAUUCUACGGCGAUGCAGAGAACUAGAGAUCAACAGAUUCUUACUAUAUACAAAUAAUCACAAUUAAUUUUUUAUCGACAUAAUUUUAAAAUUACAACAAAA